AUGCAGGCACGCAACCGCGCGGAUCCUGGGCCGCCGACGGUGACAACCGCCAAGGUGAGCUUGGGGCAGCUGUGGCUUCUGGCUGAGUGUCAGCCAAUGGUGCAGCUGAUUCUGGAGAAGGCGCAGGUCCUUCUUCAGGGGAGCCCAUCGGGCACAUACGUUGAUCGGGCGGGAGAAGCAUGCCUCCAGCAUGCAGCGGAGAUCGCUGCCUUGGUGGGGCCUGUGUUGGACGCGCCCGCCCGGGGAGGAGCUGUUGCCUCUACCCUCUUCCUGAAGACGGUUUCCGGCCGGGGCGCGCGUGGGGGGACGGCCAGGGGCAGACAAGAGUACCUCCUGGUGAGAGGUUUGGUGUACCUGGAGGUUCUCGUGCUGUGCAUCUCCGCUGCUGGUGGUGGCGGGGUGGGCAAUGGGCGUAACCCCACUCCUUUCCCUCCUCACGACACUGCCUCAUCAGCCAAGACCCAUCCCCACCGUUCUCAACCCCCCCCCCAUUCCAGCACCCCGUUCCCAACCCCCCCGUUCCCAACCCCUCCUGCCUUCCCUCCUCUCCCCAGGGGCGACAACCAGCACGGGCAACUGGGCCGCCCGGAGCCCUCCCGGGACGGCAGCCCUGCGCCAGUGCACGGGCUGGAGCACCUGGAGGUGCUGCUGGUGGUGGCGGACUGGUGGCGUCCUUCCCUUCCCCCCGCCUCCUCCUCUCCCCUUAGCACCCUCUCUCAACUGCCCCACCGUUGUCAGCCCCCUCACGGGCAGCUAGGCCGCCCAGCGCCCCCUCAGGACGGCACCCCGGCGCUAGUGCACGGGCUGGAGCACCUGGAGGUGCUACUGGUGGUGGCGGGGUCGCAGCAGGGCCUGGUGCUGUGCCGCGCACUGCAGGGCUCUGAAGCCGCCCUGGAUCCCCAGGAGUUUGACGACACACGUGUGCUCAAUGAGGAGCGUGUGUCACCCGCAACACUGCCUGAUCCCGAUGCUUCUGCUCCUGCUGCUGUUCCUGUGCCUGGUGCUGCUGGUGCUGUUGUUGGUGCUGGUGGUGCUGGUGGUAUGGGAGGAGGGUUGGGUGCAGCAGGGGAAGUGGCAGGGGCUGUGGCCGGGGGCGGGGGAGGAAGUGCGGGGGAGAAUUGGGGGGAGCGAGUCGGGGGAGGGGCGUCAGCGGAGGAGCAGGGGGGCACGGGCGGCGAGGGGGCAGUGGCGCGGGACAUGUGGAUGAAGUUUGGGGAGGAGUUCAAGAUGCUGCCCCGGCAGGGCAUGGACAGCAGCAUGCGGAAUCCGUGCUGGCGCGUGCAGGCGGGGGGUGCGGCGGGGAGUGCGGGGAGUGGGGGCAAUGAGGGAGCGGCAGGACCUGAGGUGCACUGCCUGCCCGUACUUCUUCAUCAUUGGUGCCACCAGGUGUGCCUCCACUUGCUUCUUUCCCUUUUCUUCUUCUCCAUCUGCCAUAGGCGAUCUUCUUCAUAUCUUCUCUCCAACUUGCCGCCAUGCAAGAAGGAUCUGUACCAGAAACCUCACCCCUCACCCAUCACGCCCGCUCCAUCUUGUUCUUCCCUUUCCCACCCCCCUUGUCUCGCACCCACUGCCUGCAUGCAUAUCCCACCCACAAUGCCGACACUGCCAGGGCGGGCACACAGGACCUGUACCGCAAGCUCACGUCCUCCAUCACGCCUGCUCUGUCCUUCGCUUCCUCCCUGUCCCCCUGUCGCACAUGCCUAUCCCGCCCACCAUCCCAGGGCGGGCACGCAGGACCUGUACCGCAAGCUCACCUCCUCCAUCAUCCCGGGCAUAUUCCCAGCCGCCAUCCCCAACCCCCAGUGUUUCUUCUUCUUUGAAUGCUUCCACCAACAGCUCAAUCGCAGUCCUCUAUCUCGUCCUCCCUUCUCUGCUUCCCUGCCUCUCGUCCUCUCCCCUCCUGCCACACAACAACCACCAUCCUCAUCUCCCCACAGCCACUCCCCUCCCUCCCCUCCUCUCGUCCUCCUCAACUCCAACCCUCUCAUGAACCCCUGUUCUUUGUGGGACCGCAAUGGCGCACGGGACUUUGCGUGGUACGUGUCGCUCUUUGACGAGGCAGCGCAGCACAUGGUGAACACGGGGGCAGCGCGGUGA